GCCCAGCCAAGCCGCGGCCGCUGUCGCUCCCCGGGCCCUCCCCGUUACCGAGGGAUGCCCGGGCCGGAGGCCGCCUUGCCGAGGAGCCCCGGCGCCCUCCACUGACUCAGCAGCCGGGCAGGGCCUGGCGCCGCCGCCUGAGGCGAGCCUCCGCCCCAGUCUCCACACCCCGUCCGCGGUCGAUCCCCGCCGGCAGCGGCUGAAGGACUGGCAGGGCUCUGAACGGGACGGAGCCGGGCUCGGGGCGGCGGGAGCUACUUCCAUGUGGGCUUCCUGCUGUGGAUUGCUGAAUGAAGUCAUGGGUACUGGAGCUGUCCGUGGCCAGCAGGCUGGCUUUGGGGGAGGCGCUGGCCCAUUCAGAUUUGCACCAAAUACAGACUUCUCAGCAUAUCCAUCUCCAGCUGCAGCAGGCGCUAACAUAGUUUGCAAAGCCUGUGGACUUUCCUUUUCAGUUUUUAGGAAAAAACACAUGUGUUGUGACUGCAAGAAGGAUUUUUGCUCAGUUUGUUCAGUCUUACAAGAGAAUCUCAGAAGAUGUUCCACUUGUCACUUGCUGCAAGAAACAGCCUUUCAGCGACCUCAGUUAAUGAGAUUGAAAGUAAAGGAUCUGCGGCAGUAUCUGAUUCUCAGAAACAUACCGACAGAUACUUGCAGAGAGAAAGAAGACUUGGUGGAUCUCGUGCUGUGCCACCAUGGAUUAGGUUCGGAGGAGGAUAUGGACGCUAGUAGCUUGCAUUCGUCACGGUCACAGACUUCGGGGUUUUUUACUCAUCCAUUUUCUAUGUCUGUAUCAGUGUCCUCACAAGGAGAACUUGCAAACAGAAGGGGAAGUGCAGGAAAUGGAACACCUUUACGGGGACAAACUGAAACAUCUUCUAUAAAUAAUGAAGAAGAAGAGAGUGCAGAAGAGCAGACCCCUGGAUUGUCCAGAAAGCGAGCGAGGGCAUCUUUGUCUGAUAUUUCAAGUCUGGAAGACAUUGAAGGGCUGAGUGUUCGGCAGCUGAAGGAAAUACUUGCGUGUAAUUUUGUCAACUACUCAGGAUGCUGUGAAAAAUGGGAACUUGUGGAAAAAGUGAGCAGACUAUACAGAGAGAGUGAGGAAAACCACAAGACACAGGGUGAGAAGAUGCAGCUGAAUGACAAUGACGAUAACCUGUGCCGGAUCUGCAUGGAUGCCGUGAUCGACUGCGUCCUGCUGGAGUGCGGCCACAUGGUCACUUGCACCAAAUGCGGCAAGAGGAUGAGCGAGUGCCCCAUCUGCCGACAGUAUGUUGUACGGGCUGUGCACGUGUUCAAAUCUUAAACCAAGACCAAAACUGGAUUUUUUUUUUUUUUUUUAGUCACUCUGCCAGGAUUUCUGUGGGCAGGAGUGCUGACCCUUGGGGCAUACAUCAGCUUUUUAGUGCUUGAUAAACACAGCAGUUUGAACAUCAGGAUCUAGAAGUUUGUGAAACAUUUUUCUACAGCAUACCCAACCCCGCGGCUGGGCAGUACAAUAUGGUGCCUGUGUGUACAGUAAUAGUGCUGCCUGACUUACCUUAUCAACCCACAAACUGUUUGAGUCAAACUGUUUACAGCAGUUCUUGCUCUCUUCUGAAGAAUAUCACCUCUAAUUACCACAGUCAGUACUCAGAAAACACCUUUGCUCUACCACGUUAGAGUAUUACCUUGUCUAGUGCAUUAGAAGCAACGAAUAUAUCCAUUGAAUAUUUGGCUUUUAUGUAAUUAUAGAAUGUAACUGUUCUGACACUGUCCCUACAACAGUGUUAACAGUGUAAAAUACAACUGUAGAAGCACUGCCAUUAACUGUACCUGCACAGAAGCCCUCAAGCAAUCCAUUUUCUGCCAAUUGCUUCCUUCAGAAUGUCUGCUGUAACACAUGUACUGUCUUGGCCUUUCUUCAUAAAUGUACAAAACCUCCAUCAUUUGACAGGGCUCUGCCAUGUGGUGUCCAAAUACCAAUUACCAGGAGGUUUUUAGUUUAGGAAUAAAAUAUUUUUUUAAAAAGGGGGUUAACAAACCAUCUUAUUGUGGUCCUUAAUCCACUCAUGCCUAUUGUAACUAUUACUCUUACGUGUGAUGAUUGUACUCCAUGUGCCGACAGCCUGAUGUUACUGUGAAUACUAAUCAGGGUCAUGAAACUACUUGCUGCUAACAUGUGGAAUGUAUGUUACUAACCUUAAAUGGGGAGGGCUUUACUAAGGAGAAGGGAAAGGAAAUAUGGUAUUUUUUUUUGUUUAAAACCUCAUGUUCACUGACUUUUAACUGAGACCAAGUCACUAUUAACUGUGCUACCCCUGGCUGCCAAGUGACCUGUGCUGCUGUCAGCCCCUGACCCAGGAGCCAUGACUGCCCUUGUAGGGUGUCCCUGACAGACAGCUUGGCCCAGCACAGCUGAGACAGCAUCAGAUAAAUUCACAGCCCAAAGAGGGGAGGAAGGAGCAGGUCUGGCCCCAUGGUUAUCCUAUUCUUUAAGCAGGGUUGAUCAAUGAAGCAACAGUUGCUCCUUUUAAUUUCCCACAUGCUAGCAAAGUAACAGAGAUAGGGAGAUGUUUUGCCUUGGCUGUAGUACCUCUGCUAUGCUGUCACACCUGCUCUUGUCUUUUAUGUGAAAAAUUAAGCUAGCUUGGAAAAGAGAAAGUAGCUCCUCCUCAGAAUAAAAUACACAGCUUGAGACAUUGCUGGUUAUUUUUCAGAAGGGAGCAAACCUCUCAAUGGCUUUAUUUUUUAGAAGUAACUUUUUAAUGGUACUAAAUUCCCAGAGUCUCUGUUCAGUGGGUAAGCUAAUGAAGACAAACAUACCCUGUAUGUUAUUUUCCAUGCUGAUCGUUAGCCACACAAGCUUAAUAAAGAUUUGUGAUGGGC